AUGUUUGUCAAAUACAAACACUCCCGAGCAAUUUCAGUUCUAUUCCUGCUGCAACUGAGUUCUGCAGAACAAAAUCUUGGCCAACCAGCUAAUCAUAAUGCUGUGCUCAAAAGUAUCUAUGGAGUAGAUUCUGAGUGUCUACAAUACCUGCAAUACAACCAUGUUUGUUCGGUGCGAUGUCGAGGAAUUGUAGCUGGAUUCUGGAAUGACUCUGGACGUUUUCCGUUAGAAACCGUUUGUCGAUUUUAUCGGCCUGAUGCGGAGGACUACGAUUUCUAUAAUCGGACCCAACGAUGUUUGCAAACUGAGAGGGAGUAUUCCACGGAGAAGAGCGUUUGCGCUAAGGCCAGCUGUUCAGUUCAGUGUUACAACGAUCAGUAUGGUCAGCUGGAACCGACUUGUCCAAGAUACAUUCCCACAUCCUAUCUCCGGUUGGUUCAACUUAUGAUGGAUUGCAUCAAGUUUCUCCAAUUACCGAAAGCUGUAUUGCAGAAGAUCCUCCAAAACGGACCGAUGUCUGCACCCGAGGGCCUUUGCGUAGUUCGCUGUUUCGGAAUUCGUGCGGGUUGGUAUCAUGACUCGAGUGGACCCGAUUUGGAACGCAUUGCAGUUCAAUGCGGGGGAUACGAAAAUGAAGUAUCAGUCAACCGAAAAUCUAAACAGUGCAUAAGGCGAUUGCAAGCCGACAAUUCCUUGGACCAAUGCCAGUUUGCAGCUCGCUCGAUGAUCGAAUGUAUUGAAGCCCCAUUUGCAUUAAUUAAAAUUUUAGCAAAUAUUCUGAAAGGUAUUGCCGAAUUGUUCAAAACCCUAGUCGAAAAACUAGAGGACAUCAGUACUCAGAACGGUGGUUCGGUUUUAGGUGAUACCGAGCUAGCAAAGUUUUCGAGCGACUUUGAUGCGAGUGAGGCUGAAAAUGCGGGGCCGAUGUUUAGCAUUGGGGGUCCUGAAUAG